AUGGGGACCGGGAAACGACCUGGCGAUGAUAUUGCCAUACCUGUUGCCUCAAAAAUCCAGCGAUCCUCAACUGACGCUGCAAGCAACAUCCUGACGCAGCCUGAUCAGGACAUACCAGUAAUCAACAGACAACUUCCUGAUCCACCAUUCCGCCCACUAACAGAAUUUCAUCUGAAGAUCAGAAUCUGCUCCGAGAAGAAGGCUGUACGGAAUGACCCUAAGCAUCCAGCGAACGGCGAUGAAGAAACCUCGAACGUCGAGUAUCUUGACAGCAAAAUUGCCGAGUAUGAUGAAUUCUCCCAUCUACCCUGGUUAGAGCCGAUGGAGGUAGUGAUGACCAGGGGAGACUCUUCACUUGAUGGACGUGCGGAAAUAGUCGGAUUCUGUGGGGCAAAGCUGAUUAGGCGCACCAAGAUUCGCAGAAAGUUCUACAGGCAGAUGUCGAAGACUUUUGAUGAGCCGACAUUGUUAGCGUUCGAUUUAUUUGACCGAUUUGGUAACCUGAAGGACGACUACGAGGACCACGCCAUCCGAAAAGGACUGCCUAUGUGGGAACCCCGACUCGAUCAGGGCGAUAUUCUGCUCAUUGAAGACAUUAUCAUCGAGAAGCCAUAUCGGCGGCUGGGGCUUGCGAAGAAGAUUGUUACCGCGCUGCUGGAAACCACCAAGCGCAAGACCAAGGGUGGGUUUGCCGUGAUACUCUGGCCUGAAUCUUCCAAGGAUGUCCAUUUUCAGGAUCUCCUCACAGCCAUAGUUGGAGACAGUGGAAAUGUCCAUAGACCGGAGGUCUUUGAUCAUCACGACUCUGUGGCUAUUGCAUGGGCCCGCUCACUUGGUUUCCGACGAAUAGGUUCUUCUAUCUGGUUCGGUCUUGCAUGUUGGCGUGGCCUAUACAUACCUGAUGGGGAUGAUUACGACCCUCCUGUUUUCAAGCGUGCCGUCCAAGAUACCUUGCCAGAGUCAAUUCGGGCUGAGUCGAGCGACAGGAUGUUCCUCAAAGCCGCCCAACAAUAUGUUCAACAAAUCAAGCCAGACAGUCAGCAAUGGUUUGCCAUUGACAAAGAGGCGAACACUCUCUUACACCUUGCCGCCCUAAACUCCCUCCCUGAAAGUGUAGCUUGGAUCAUGCAGCAGCCAGCUUCAGCUCAGUUGAUGGGAAUGCGCAAUUCUAGUGGAAAUACUCCACUCGAGGCACUGCUACAAAAGCUUGAGAUCGUGCGGACAAGGUCCUGGUCUGGCACGUCAAUCACUAUAGUGUCAGACGAUUUCGAAGGCCAUACAGUUGCCUCGGCAAAAUGCAUUGCUCUGCUGAAACAAGUGAAAAUUGACACAGAGGAAGACUUGGAACAAUUUCGGUAUGGCUGCACCUGCGGCGAGUGCAUUGACGGCUAUCUUAGUCCGCGAAUGAGAUUUGCGUUGUCUUUGAGAGCCGACAUGCUGUAUCACAGGCUUCAGGAAGACAUGGACAAUCUGUCUGGCGACAUAUGGGUAUCUGCCAACGAGUCUGCACUUGAGCAUCUUCCAGAUUACUGUCUCAAACUACUGAGUCGCUACAGAGCAAGCCGUGAAGGCUGUAUCAGACUCUGCUGUCACAUCACAGAUUGUCUUGAUGUCUGCAGCCCGCCGGAUAAAGCUUCUAUCGGUGUCCAUGUCGACGCUGAAAAAGACAAUCCUAUCUGCAUCGACAAGUUCUUCAAGUGUGGAGGCAACAUAGAAGGAAUCAUGUUCCAUAUCUUUGAGGAAGCAUUAGGGGACGAUGAGAUCUUCGGGGAUGGCUUUUUGCACGAAUUGGACGAAGAUUGCCUCUGGUAUGAAGAGGAAAAGUGCCGCAACGACCACGAAUUCGUCCUUGUUGCCCGGAAAUGCGGUUAUGGAGACAUGGCCAAGGCUUUGAAAUUUUCCUUGCGAGGGAUUCUCCAUCAUGCGAGUCAGAACGACAAGGGUACGAAGAGUUCCUCCUAG